AUGUUAAUACGAAACAGAAGAAAACUUAUAAGUGUUGCUCUUACGUUCCUCACAUUUUGUGUGGUUUAUAUUUUGUUUAAUGAUGUUGAACUUGCGUUUGUCUCGAAAGGGGUAAUACGUAAAAAAGAACUAGAUAACAAUUUAGUGUCUCAAAUAGCGUCUGUUAAUGUGGAUGAUACAAGAGAUGCAUUAGUGGAGAAAGUUGCUCCUCCUGCAGAGUCUCAAAAAAAUGGGAAGAUUGAUGAAACAUUACGUGUACCUGGUGCAAUAAUGCCGUCGAUGCCAGAUCAAGAUGCAAAAAAAGAAUUAGGCAAUGCAUCCUGGAAAUAUUUCCAUACUUUAUUAGCAAGAUUUCCUGAUGAACCUAGCGUCAUUGAACGUGAGAAAUUGAAAAAUUUUAUUCAAUUAUAUGCAGAACUUUAUCCGUGUGGAGAAUGUUCUUACCAUUUUGUUAAAAUGAUUAAAAAAUUCCCAGUACAGACAUCGAGUAGAAAGGCUGCUGCAUUGUGGGGUUGUGAUAUACACAAUAAAGUGAAUGCUUAUUUAAAGAAGGAUAUUUAUGACUGUACAAAUAUUCUUGAAGAUUAUGACUGUGGAUGCGGAGAUGGUCCAAUUGGAGAAAACCAAUUGCUUUAA